AUGUGCACCGAAGUUUGGACCCGCUUUCUCGACUCGGACUGCAACCACAGGCAGUACCAGAACACCUUUGCCUGCCACAUCGUGCGGCGCUGCGGACCGAGCGACGACCAGCUGCUCACAGAGCCUGUGUUCCUGCCCGCCAAACCGCCCAAGAUCCCACCUGGCUUCCUGGGGUGCAAGUUGCGAGUCGCCACGAAGCCCGAGAAGGGAAAGUGCCGAGAAUGCCUCAAGAAUGAGCUGCGUGCGAAGCGAGGCAUACCGGCCACCGAAGCGACACCUCCUUCGACCUCAUCAUCUUCGGAUGUGUCGACGACACAAUAUCUCGCCAGCCCGCCGUCACCGGAUAGCAAGGCGCUUGAGCGUGUACGCAACUCGUUUAUCAAGAUAUCGGAGCAGCAGCGUGGAACACCUCAGAGCACGAUAAGAGACAGGCAAGCCAGUGGAGGAUCGAAAGCGAGAGUCAGUCUAGAGAGCUAG